CGCAGUACCAGUGAGCGCACCCGACUGUCAACGCUCGCAACCCCCUCACACACACACACACACAUACACACACACGUCUGCGUCAUGCGUCCUGGAAGAGACGGCACGAACGCGGUAACUCCGAUGGAUGCCGGCAAAACGCACAGCAGUAGUAUCAGCAGCAGUCUGAGAGGCUGACUGUUUCCUGCUUAUCCGGGGAAAGUUGCGCUCCUGGCGUGGUCGCAGUAUGGAUUUCUUAACCACAAGCAGCAACGACAGCAAUGCCACCAGCGGUUACCCUGAGGGGGCGGACGUGGUGGCCGACUGGGGCGCGAGUGAGAAUGGCACGGGAUCUCGGUCCCUGCCAGAUCUGCAGCUGAGUUACCAGAUUAUCACCUCUCUGCUCCUGGGGGCCCUCAUCCUUUGCUCCAUAUUUGGCAACUCGUGCGUCGUGGCAGCCAUCGCCCUGGAGAGAUCUCUCCAGAAUGUGGCCAACUAUCUGAUCGGAUCCCUCGCCGUCACAGACCUCAUGGUUUCGGUAUUGGUUUUGCCAAUGGCGGCCCUCUACCAAGUUUUGAGCAAGUGGACACUCGGGCAGGGGAUCUGUGAUGUAUUCAUCUCUCUGGAUGUACUGUGCUGCACCUCAUCCAUCCUGCAUCUGUGCGCAAUAGCCUUGGACAGGUACUGGGCCAUAACAGACCCCAUAGACUAUGUAAAUAAACGGACACCGAGGCGAGCUGCGGUCCUGAUAAGCGUCACCUGGCUAAUUGGUUUCUCCAUCUCUAUUCCGCCUAUGUUAGGCUGGAGGAGCGACGAGGACAGAGCGAACCCUGAUGCCUGCGUGAUCAGCCAGGACCCAGGCUACACCAUCUACUCCACAUUUGGAGCUUUUUACAUCCCUCUCAUCCUCAUGCUGGUCCUGUACGGGAGAAUAUUCAAAGCAGCUCGCUUUCGGAUUCGAAAGACAGUGAAAAAGCCCGAAAAAGUGAAAGUGUCAGACACGUGCUUGAGUGUGUCUCCGGCUAUCUUCCACAAGAAAACAAACGGCGAGGCCGGGGUCAAAGGCUGGAAGCUCAGCGACGACUCCAAACCAAGCUCUCCGUGCGUAAACGGCGCGGUGAAGCACGGAGAGGAAGGGGAGUCACUGGAGAUCAUAGAAGUUCUCAGCAACUCUAAGACGCACCUGCCUCUGCCCAACACGCCUCAGUCCUCGCAGGGAUAUGAAAACAUGAAUGAAAAGAACUCUGCGAAGAGGAAGAUCGCGCUGGCCAGAGAGCGUAAAACGGUGAAAACUCUCGGGAUCAUCAUGGGAACUUUCAUCUUCUGCUGGCUGCCGUUUUUCAUCGUCGCGCUGGUGCUGCCUUUCUGUGCAGAUAACUGCUACAUGCCCGACUGGCUGGGCGCAGUCAUAAACUGGCUGGGCUACUCCAACUCCCUCCUCAACCCAAUCAUAUAUGCCUACUUCAACAAAGACUUCCAAAAUGCUUUCAAGAAAAUUAUUAAAUGCAAAUUCCACAGACACUGAUCAAACACAAAGCAAAACUGUGGAGUAUUUGUUAAACGGACAGCAGGAAACGGAACAGCAAAAAUGAUAACCAAGACUUUUAUUCAGGGACAGUCUCUGUUCCGGAUGUGUUCAAGGACCGUGUAAAAAGGAAAAUCCGGGGUCACUGAUGAAACGAGACAUAAAGCAGGACUUUUGCUCUAAAUGUACAAGCUCAUGUUUAUUCAGUGUUGUAGCUACAGUAUAUAGCCUAUGUGCGACGGCAGCCAUUGUUGUAUUGCCAUGCAAGACGUGUCAUGUGCUGAUUUCAUGCAUUUUACCAUGAGACACGCGGGGGUUUUCCGUCCUACACGUCAUGAGCUUUGUAGCACUGAAACAAUAAAAGCAAUCAAAAUUU